AUGCUCGCUGGUCUUCGCACGGCCACUGCUGGCCCGAUUCUAUACAGAUGUUACAAUUUUAGUUACAGACUUUGUUACAAUCUCUGUUACUCCCCAUUCUCAACUAGCUGUUUCACCACCACCACUUCUUCCCCCCGAUCUCUUCUCGUUGUUUCUACCAACCGUUGCUUCAGCACAAUUCCUCCCAGAAAACCCACAAUGGCCGACUCUAUCGAUCUCCUGUCUAAGGCUCUUGCCCAGAAACUCACUCUCACCGCUGAGUCCUCUUCCGAUGACUUUGUCCGCGAACUAGGCUCCAAGUUCCCCGCUCUUUCUAAGGAAGAAACUGCCGAACAGUUCCAGUGGCUCACUCUUUCAGCACGCUUCCCUGAAUCUCUCCCCGAGCUUAACGAGACUCUGAAGCACCGCACCUACCUGCUCAACACCCUUGAGCCCUCUCUCGCCGAUGCCGUUGUAUACUCCCGUGUCAGUCCCAUUGUUUCCAAGUGGUCCGAGGACGAAAUCAAGGCAUCCCGCCACAUUGUCAGAUGGGUUGAUCUCAUCCAAAACUCUCUCAAAGUCGCUGACGACCUUAAGAUCAAAGUUGAUCUUGACCUGUCUGCUCCCAGAGAAAUCAAGCCCAAGGUUGAGAAGAAAAAGACCGAUGCUCCCGCUGUUGAUGCUGCCGACAAGAAGGCCGACAAGAAGGCUGAUAAGAAGAAGGCUGACAAAAAGGAUGCUGCUGUUGCUGCUACCGCCACUGCCGCUGGUGAGGCUCCCAAGAAGACUGAGAAGAAGAAGAAGGAGAAGAAGCCCCAGCCCGCUAAGGUCGAGGUUCCUGUUACCCCUGCAAUGAUUGAUCUGCGUGUGGGCCACAUCCAAAAGGCCAUUAAGCACCCCGACGCUGAUGCUCUCUACGUUUCUACCAUUGAUAUGGGUGAUGAGGAAGGUCCCCGCACUGUCUGCAGUGGUCUUGUCAAGUACUUCCCUCUUGAGGCCAUGCAGGACCGCUACGUUGUUGUCGUUGCUAACCUGAAGCCCGUCACCAUGCGUGGCAUCAAGUCCAGUGCCAUGGUUCUUUGCGCUUCCAACGAAGACACUGUUGAGUUUGUCAACCCUCCUGCUGGUUCUAAGCCCGGUGACAAGAUCUUCUUUGAGACCUUUGAUGGCACCCCUGAGGCUGUUCUCAACCCCAAGAAGAAGAUUUGGGAGCAGAUCCAGCCUGGCUUCAGCACUACUCAAGACCUUUCCGUCAUUUACCGCAAGGAGGGUGAGUCUGACAAGCGUCUCGUCAACAAGGCCGGCGAGUUAUGCAAGGUCAAUUCUCUUGUUGCUGCCAAUGUCCGAUAA